AUGUCGAUCUCAGAUGCACUUUCUUCGACACACGAAGUAAUAAUGUCAAUAUUAGCUGCAUCACAAAUAUCUUCUCUCUUACUUAAUGACCCAGUUCUAAUUAACAAAAGGCUUGAACGAUGGAAAACUCGGCUCCGAAAUCUGACAGAAAUCCAAUUACCCACAGAUUAUCCUCGGCCAUUACCGCCGAGAGUCAUAGAGGCCGUGAAAAUUCUGAAUCUACCAGAGUCCACCGCACUGGCAGUAUUACAACUCUCCCUAGAUUUUCCGUCGAAUACUGUUCCUGCUCAUCCAACAAAACCUUCAAUUUUCAAUAUAACUACAUCACAAGACAGCGGAUCAUUUUAUGAACAUCCAUCACCUUUUACAAUUUUACUAGCUGCUUUCACUCUGCUGUUGUAUCGAUACACGAGCGAUGAAGAUAUCACAGUUGGAUCAUCAUCUGACACAAGGAACCCUCUUGUGCUACGAGUAAAUAUUAGCCCUACGGACACUUUUGAACAAGUUGUGCUAAAGAUUGAAAGAGAAGCGACAGCGGAUGAAGUUCCAUUCAAUUUGCUAUUGUCUUCAUUAUUUUCUGACAAAAAUCAACAAAAAAAUGUAUCACACUCGGAUGCCAUGCAAUCACCACUCUUUCGCGUUCGUUUUUUCAACCAAACCGAUAUACCCGAAAUUCCUGUCUUACAAGCAACUUCUUUAACAACUGAUCUCACUGUGACAAUCACUUCUCACUCUUCAUCGUCACUGCGCCACGCACUUUUACCCGCUAUCGAAAUUUGUAUAUCAUAUAAUCAAGUAUUAUUUUCCGAGAAACGGAUAUCUUACAUGUUAGAUCAACUUAACGCUAUCAUCAACUAUUCAUCUCUGCACAGGGAAACAUGCGUAGCAGAAAUUCCACUGUCAACAGGUCAAUGUCUUCCGGAUCCACGCGCUGAUUUACAAUGGUCCGAGUUUCGUGGUGCUAUAACGGAUAUCUUUUCGGCAAAUGCCAAAAAGAUGCCUGAUCGCAGAUGUGUGAUAGAAUCUGUAAUCGGUAGUGAUCGAAAAAGAGUAUUCACCUAUCGUCACAUUAAUGAAGCCUCGAAUAUUGUGGCACAUUAUUUAAUCGCGAACAAGAUUGAGAGAGAAGAUGUAGUCAUGAUAUACGCUUACCGUGGAGUGGAUCUUGUUAUCGCAAUUAUGGGUGUUCUCAAAGCUGGUGCCACGUUUAGCGUUAUUGAUCCUGCUUAUCCGCCCGAACGUCAGAAUAUAUAUUUGUCCGUCGCAAAGCCACGUGGAAUUAUUAUUCUUAAUCGUACCGGAACCUUACAUUCGUCCGUUUCUGAAUACAUUCAAGAAAACCUUGAUAUUAAAUGUACGAUACUUGCCUUGUCAAUACUAGACGAUGGAUUCAUAAGGGGCGGCAAUGAUGGGCCGAUAAAAGAUGUGCUGAAUAAUGUCCGCGACCGUGUAUCUCAGGAUAUUGAUAUUUUAAUCGGUCCGGAUAGUAUCGGUACAUUAAGUUUUACUAGUGGAAGCACCGGAAUUCCGAAAGGUGUAAGGGGGAGACAUUUCUCGCUCACAUAUUAUUAUCCGUGGAUGUCCCAGGAAUUUGGAUUGUCGGAUAACGACCGUUUUACAAUGCUCAGCGGGAUCGCUCACGAUCCAAUUCAACGCGAUAUUUUCACACCUUUGUUCCUUGGGGCUGAAUUGCACAUUCCCACCAGUGAGGAUAUUGGGAUACCAGGAAGAUUAGCAGAGUGGAUGGCUGAAAAUCAAGUAACCGUAACUCAUUUAACACCAGCUAUGGGACAAUUACUUUCUGCAAAUGCAAGUACCCCAAUACCUUCUCUCCGCAACGCAUUCUUUGUUGGCGAUAUCCUCACGAAGCGUGAUUGUAAUCGACUCCAACAUCUCGCCCCCAAUACGUGCAUAAUCAAUAUGUAUGGGACAACUGAAACUCAACGAUCUGUCUCAUACUUCACUAUUCCGUCUUUAUCAUCUGCGCCCGCAUUCUUAAAGUCACAAAAGGAUGUCAUACCCGCUGGAAAGGGUAUGCAGAAUGUUCAACUUUUAGUGGUGAAUAGGAAAAAUAAAAGCAUAUUAUGUGGAGUCGGGGAAAUUGGAGAGAUUUAUGUAAGAGCCGGGGGAUUAGCAGAGGGAUACUUGAGAUUAGAGGACGUCACAAAGGAGAAGUUCUUAGAUAAUUGGUUUGUGGAUGGUGUUAUUUCGGAAUCUCAAAAUAAUGAUGGAAACGAGAGUUGGAGAAAGUUUUGGAAAGGAAAAAGGGAUAGACUGUAUAAAACUGGUGAUCUAGGAAGAUAUCAACCGGAUGGAAAUGUUGAAUGUGCAGGAAGAGCUGAUGAUCAAGUAAAAAUACGUGGAUUCCGUAUCGAACUCGGUGAAAUAGACACUUAUCUCUCACAACAUCCGCUCAUCAGGGAGAACGUUACUUUAUUGCGAAGAGAUAAAUACGAGGAACAAACUCUCGUUAGUUAUUUCGUACCCGUAAAUGAUGAGGAGUUAAGUUCUGGGGGAGAAGAUGAGGGCAAAGUUGUUACACCUGGGAAAAAGAGUUAUAAUAGACUUAUCAAACAGAUAAGAGAUUAUUUGAAACAGAGGCUACCAAGUUAUAGUGUACCUUCAGUGUUUGUUCCAUUAAAAAGGAUGCCACUAACACCAAAUGGAAAGAUCGACAAACCUGCAUUACCUUUCCCUGACACUGCUCUGAGAUCGAAAAUUGUUUCUGAAGCUAAUGCACAAAAACUAACGGCAGUAGAGCAGACGAUACACGACAUCUGGUUAGAUCUUCUUCCCAAUCCACCGGCACCACACAUUUCAUUAGAUGACAAUUUCUUUGAUCUUGGGGGACACUCGAUCUUAGCCACGAGAUUGAUUUUCGAACUUCGUAAAACUUGUGGUAUAGAUGUUCCUCUAGGAAUGAUUUUCGAACAACCAACGAUUCGUGGUCAGGCAAAAGAAAUUGACAACAUGUUGACAGGUGAUUUGAAUAUUGCGGAAGAAUCAGAUGAUAACACUCUCCCAGAAACAUUGGCCAUAGGCAAAGGGUUAACCAACAAAAAAGCAGAAUUUGAUUAUGCGAAAGAAGUCGAAAUAUUGGCAUCCGAAUACCUUUUGGAAAGUUACACACCCUUACCUGAAGACUGUGCGAGAAGAACUAUUUUCGUUACAGGCGUUACUGGAUUCCUCGGAGCUUUUAUACUCUCGACUUUUUUGAACUUUAAUGAGGAGAUAAAGGUGAUCGCGCAUGUUCGAGCUCAGACAAAGGAGCUUGCAAUAGAAAGAGUGAAGAAUAGUUGUGUGUCACACCUUGUGUGGAAGGAGGAGUGGGUAAAAGAGGGUAGACUGGAAGUGGUUUGCGGAGAUCUGGAGAAGGAUAGAUUGGGAAUUACUGAAGAUGAAUGGAAUGCAUUGGCCGAACGCGUUGACGUGAUUGUGCACAAUGGAGCGUUGGUACAUUGGGUGUAUCCAUACUCCAAGCUCAAGGCAGCUAAUGUUUUAGGAACAUUAUGGUGCAUCAGAUUAGCGUCUACACAUCACAUCAAGCCUUUCAAUUUUGUAAGCUCCACAUCAGUUCUCGACACCGAGCAUUAUGUUUCGUCAAGUGAUGCCAUAAUUGAAAAAGGUGGGAAGGGAAUAGGUGAGGAUGAUGAUCUAGAAGGUAGCAGGUAUGGCUUGAGAAGUGGUUACGGUCAGAGUAAGUGGGUCUCUGAAAAACUAAUAUUUGAAGCACGAGAGAGAGGUCUGCCAGCUACCAUCCUAAGACCUGGAUAUAUUGUUGGUCACUCUCAAACGGGUGUUACAAAUACUGAUGAUUUCAUUUGGCGCCUACUAAAGGGUUGCAUUCAAUUAAAACUCGUACCCACUAUUCACAACGUAAUAAACAUGUGCCCAGUAGACUAUGUUGCCGAAUGCGUUGUUCGGAUAUCUCUUUCAUCCGUCGCUCCCUCUAAAGGAGUUUUUCAUGUAACUCAUCCCGCUAACGCUUCUUUCAGAUUCGAUGAUCUAUUCAACUCCUUACCACUUUAUGGAUAUAUUGUUUCCAAGACGGAAUACAUCAUUUGGCGAAACAGACUGAUGGAAUUUACUUUGGAGUCGCGAGACAAUGCAUUAUAUCCACUUUUGCACUUUGUGCUGGAUGAUCUGCCAACGAGUACAAAGGCCCCACAGUUAGAUAAUUCAAACACUUUGGAGGUGGUUGGAUUGGAAAGUGAAUUGAUCAGUGAAAAAUUGAUGGGGAUUUAUUUAGGAUAUCUGGUUAAGGUUGGUUUUUUGGAUGAGCCAGUUCUCAAGGGUGGCUCGGGAAGUGAAGGAAUUCUGGGGUAUGAGAGAAUCUUAGAUUUACCUGAUGUCCCAAUUCAAUUGGACGGUAUUAAGGUUCUAAAGAGGAGCGGAAGAAAUUAA